ACCGAUUGAACAGCCAUGAGAUUUAUGGUGGUCUUAUUAUUUAUUUGUUUUUGUGGCGGGUCACCGCAAAAAUACAUAUCCAAAUACGAUCACAUAAACGUCGAAUUGUUGCUAAAGAACGAUCGACUGCUGAAGAAUUACAUCGACUGCUUUUUGGACAAGCAAAAGUGCACGCCGCUCGGGAUGGAAAUCAAAAAAAAUAUACCGGAGGCACUCAAAAACGGGUGCGCCAGAUGCAGCGACGACCAGAAAACGGCGUUCAAGAGAAUAAUCAGACACCUGGCUAAGAACAGGAGGGAUUGGCUGAACGAACUGACCGAUAGAUAUGAUCCCAACGAAGAAUUUCAAAAAAGAUACCACUAUCUAUUCGCCAUUACCAAUUAACCGAUUUAAUUAUGUUAACU